UUAUUAUUAUUCCUUUUAUGCUGCACAUAGCUAAUGUCUGAAAUAUACUGUUUGCUUUUAAUCAAUAUAAACCCCAAAAGGCUAGAAUAAUAUGUAAAAUAAUGCAUGUGUAUACCUUUAUGACUUCCACUUACAUAAUAGGUUUUAACCUUCUCCAGUUACUCUUUCACUAUACAAGUUAUUCUCACUUUAACUUCUCUAGUAUGAUAUUUUAACUAAUUUUUAAGGCAUUAUCAUACUCAAAGCAUCAGCUUCAUUUUAUUGAAUUGCUGUUAGUCUCCAUGAAGUGCUAUCAUACAAUCAGCACAGCUCUUGUAACAGGCUCUUACUUCCUAGCUUUUAUGGCUGCCACAUUAAAGAUCGAGAUGUUAUGUAUUUAUCACCACUUAGUAUAAUUUGCAUUAUGCACAUUAUAAUAUGCAGUGGUUUACAGCCUUGUGCUUGCUUUUAGUGGUUAUUAGUUGUUUAUUGGAGGAUGAAUGCUUUAAAUUGCUUUGUUGUUUGUUCUUCCCAGUCAUGUCCUUCAGGAGGGGUGUGGUUAGGCAAAGUAAGUUCCGACAUGUAUUCGCCCAGGCAUGGAAAGCAGAGCAGUGUCUGGAUGACCUCAGGGUUUCCCGUGUGACAUGGGAUGGCCAACUCUGUGCAGCCAAUCCAAAGUUCAUUGCUGUUAUUACAGAGGCUGGAGGGGGUGGAGCCUUUCUUGUAUUACCACUCACAAAGAGUGGUAGAGUGGACCAGUCCACUCCCACUGUUUGUGGCCAUGCUGCUCCUGUACUUGAUAUCCAAUGGUGUCCACAUGAUGACAAUGUAAUUGCCAGUGCUUCAGAGGACUGCACAGUAAAGAUAUGGCACAUUCCUGAUGGGGGACUCAUAACAUCAAUGACUGAGGCUACAGUAACUCUAGAGGGCCACAGUAAACGAGUGGGCAUUCUGGCCUGGCACCCUACUGCACUUAACAUCUUACUAACAGCAGGUUGUGAUAACGUAUUGUGCAUAUGGGAUGUUGGCACGGGCGAGCUGGUGUAUGAACUGAGCGAUGCUCAUCCAGAUCAGAUCUACAGUGUGAGCUGGAACAGAGAGGGCAGCCUGAUCUGUACCACCUGCAAAGAUAAAGCCCUGCGUGUAAUUGACCCUCGACGGGGAACUAUCCUUAAGGUGCGGGACAAAGCCCAUGAGGGCACUAGGCCAAUGAGAGGUGUCUUCCUGAAUGACGGAAAAAUCCUUACAACUGGCUUUAGCCGCAUGAGUGAGAGACAGUUGGCCCUGUGGGACACGAAAGAUUUCUCCGAGCCAAUGGCUAUUCAGGAGAUGGACAGCAGUAAUGGAGUUCUUCUUCCUUUCUAUGACCCAGACACAAACAUGGUCUAUCUUUGUGGAAAGGGUGACUGCACUAUUCGCUACUUUGAGAUAACCAAUGAAUCUCCUUAUCUCCACUUCCUGAGUCUCUACAGUAGCAAGGAGCCUCAGAGAGGAGCUGGUUUCCUCAGCAAGAGAGGGGUGGAUGUUAACAAGUGUGAGAUUGCAAGGUUUUAUAAACUCCAUGAGAGGAAAGUUGAGCCCAUUUCUAUGACUGUGCCAAGAAAGUCAGACUUGUUCCAGGGGGACCUGUAUCCGGAUACAGCUGGGUUAGAGCCCUCUCUACUGGCUGAUCAGUGGAUUGCAGGUCAAGAUGCUCCUCCAGUCUUAGUCUCUAUGAGCGGAGGCUACAACGUUCCUGCCUCCAAAUAUAACACACUCCGAGGAAGACCUAAACUAAUACCUCAGAGCAUUAAUACCAGCACUACAGCUCUGAGCACAAACACUGCUGGCAGACAGACAGAGAGUGAGAAGACACAGGUUAAGAAAGGAGGGACAGAGAGGACGAGACAAGAGGAUGAUCAGCUGGCUGAUAUUUUGAGAGAAGUUCGUGCUCUCCGUGUUCUUGUGUUAGCUCAGGGUCACAGAAUUGACGUACUUGAGAAGCAACUAGGGCGGUUAAACGGAGGAGAAGUGUGACUUCGGAGACCCAUAGCCUUAACCUAAAUCUAUGAUAGCUUUACAUUACAGUAAAGGGUCCUGAGAAAUGCAGAAUACCUUAUGUGUAACAUGAUAAACACUAAGCACUGACAUUUUAUGCUUGUUUUAGAUUAAAAAAAUAUAUUUUACAUCAAGUUCUGCUGCUAAUUAUAAACUGGUUUAGGGAAAAAAAAUGCAAUAUGGGCUGAUGUACUUUUAUUUUGGUGGUACUUGCAUUUGGAUGUGUAAUGUAAAAAAAUGUCAGAGAGAGCAAUAUGGAACCUAAAAUCUCAUAUGCUGUACUCUUCAGUAGCCUUUGCUAUUAUCUAGCCUUGAUGAUCUUAAUGCAUAUUCACAUCUAUAGGCCAGAACUGUUUAAAUCACCUUUUUACUUGCGUUAGAAUGGGUUUAAUCUUAAAAACAAUGUAGCUGUUGUGAUAUUUGUGGUGUGGGUCAGUAAGUACACUUCAGUUUAUACCGUUAGAGACUUUGUGGGAUGUGUGUAUUCCUAAAACCGGUGUAGCACUAAGGAUUCACUGUUUCAAACGUUCUGC